AUGACAGAAACAUCCAGAUGGAGGGGAUAGUGCCUGAAAGACAUGCAAAUCAGCCCCCAUAUAAAUAAACACUGGGCGUGGCCUGCAAACAACCUGAGUCGGGCGUGUGCUGCUGCAGCAUAAAACCAAGAUGACACAUACUGAAGGAAAAUGGAUUUGAUUCUUGACAACGACCAGAGAGGUUACUGCUCUGGUGAAGUAGUGUCUGGACAUAUUUUGCUCAAAAUCUCUGAAGCCACCACAGUUAAAGCCAUAAAAGUAUUACUGAAGGGAUAUGCUCAGGUGAGUUGGAUGCACAAACGGUCCCGCUGUUCUGAAGAGAGGAAAUAUCUCUCCUUAUCCAAGACACUUUUAGCAUCAACAGGUACCCAAGACCUUAUCCUUCAUAGUGGCGUGUAUGAGAUCCCUUUUGAACUGCAACUACCUCAUAGUCCCUUGGUUUCCUCGUUUUCUGGAAAACAUGGCCAUGUUUACUACAUGGUGCAGGCAGUUUUAAAAAGGCCAUUUCAUGAGAAUCAACGUGUUUGCAGAGAACUUUGCAUCAUCAAUCCCAUUGAUGUCAAUAUGCCAACGUUAAUAUCUCCAGUGUCACAAACCUGUAAGAAGAUGAUCGGCUGCUGGAUCUUUACUUCAGGUCCCAUCUCACUGUCUGUCAGCAUAGACCGACAGGGCUAUUGCAAUGGAGAAUCACUCCCAAUCUGUGCUCUGAUUGAGAACCGCUCCUCUCGUCUAGUUGUGCCAAAAGCUGUGAUAUACCAGAUACAGACCUAUACGGCCAAGGGUAAAACAAAAAUCAUCAAACAGGUGGUUGCCAGUGCUAGUGGAAAUGUAGUGCCAUCUGACUGUUCCAGCAGGUGGAAUGGAAACGCGCUGCAGAUUCCUCCAGUUUCUCCAUCCAUUCUGAAUUCAGACAUCCUGAAAGUAGAAUACUUGCUUGCAGUUAUUGUUCAGAUACCAGGUGCCAAAAAUCUAGAAGUACAGAUUCCACUGGUGAUCAGUACCGAUGGUCAUGGCAGUCACCGCUUUAACAUGAGUAGGCGUUCCGUUGUGGACACGAGGUUGCUGUACCCCACGUUUACCCUACCAGAUGUAGCUGAAGCACCACCCAGCUAUGCAGAGGUUGUGUCAGAGGAACAGUUUGAAGAGCAUAGAACUUCGAUCUGCCAGCCACAACCAGACUGGCUGUUGGAUGGCCCAGCAACCACUUACAUUCAGCAGUUCCGCCUCCAGCCUCCUCCCUCUUAUUCAGAGAUUUACCCUACUGAACACUGAGCGUAUUUUGUGGAGAAGAUCAAAGAAUGACCUUGUGCCUACACUAUAGCAUUUUCCCCUUUUCUUUGGAUUAUGGAUUGCAGAUUGCUGCUCUUAUUGGUGAAAUGUUUGUUCUGUUUUGAUCAUGAGCACAUCAUAAUCAAGGCUUGUCCACUUUGCAGCUUAUUAUGACUUUCUGAAGGGUUUGUUUCUGUACUCUUCCAUAUGUUAUUGUGACAUUUACAAUUUCGGAUAAACUGCAACGACACGUUAGACAUGUCCUGUCUAACUGGGCUGAAUUAACUGCAGUGCUAUCAGUCUAAAGUCUGGCUAUGUGAAACUACAUCAUGAUUGGUUUAAGAACAUGUUAAUUAGAAUUUGUAUUUAUAAUGUAUAUUUCAAAAUACUUUGAUUUAUGUAAUUAUUUGAAUCUGAUGCACUGACUGAACUGUUAAUAUUAUGAGGUGCUGCUUUGGGUCCAGGUUGAGAGCUCACAAGCAUAGGUGCACUUAUGUUGUAAUGUAUAUCACGUUUAGCUAGUAAAUUAUCACAAAAAUGGCUAAAAAAAAAAAAGAAAGAAAAGCUGAAUGAGGUUGCAUUUGUAUUGUUGUUCACAACAUUACAACGUAAUAAAAUUAUUUAUUUUUGUACACCUUAA